GAACGUCUUUUCAACCAUUUUCAGUUUGUUUUUGGAGCUCUGUGUGAAAAGCUUUAAUGGCGGAGGGCACGGCGAGGCAGGCACGGAGAUCGAUGAAACCCUGGGUUCUCCUCCAUCUCCAGAAACUCGGUCUCGAGCUCAAAUGCCCUCUCUGCUUGGACUUCCUAACUCGGCCGACUAUGCUUCCUUGUAAUCACAUAUUCUGCAACCCAUGCAUGCCCAAGUCUACUCAAUUUGGCGCAGAGUGUUUCGUCUGCAAAGCUCGAUACUGUGAUAAAGAUCUAAGAUUUAUGCCCUUCAUGGAAAACAUUGUGGCAAUCUAUAGGAGUUUGGAUGCGGGUUUCGGGGACAGUUUCUCAGACCCUGCAUCUUCUGAUUCUGGUGGAGUUUUGGUGCAAUGUCGGGCUUCAAUGAGUGAGGGUGUCCAAAAUCAAUUAAGUAACAGAUCAAUUAAGACCACAAGGGAGAAUAAUUCAAGAAUGGGGCACUCUGUGUUUCCCCCUAAUGUGGGUGAAGAAGAUGAAGCAGUGGGUGCCAAUGGUCAUCAGUAUGAUGAGAAACUGCUAAUUUCUGAAGCAAGAGAAAAGGGGAUUGAAGGGUGCAGAAAUAGCCAUAUAGGAGCAGAUCAGGCAGUACAAUCAUCACUGGAUAGCCCUCCGAUUAGUAAAGGCUCAGACAAUGACAGUAAUGAUCAUGCCAGUUAUCAUAGUUCAAAGCAUUGCCCUGUCGCACGAUCAGUGAAGAGAAAGGAUACAAGAAGACUAGAGAGGCAUGGGAGUUCUGCCUCUGAAACUGAAGGUUGUCUGUUCAUGGAUGCUAAACGAUCUAAGAAGUUGAAGUAUGGUCCAGUAGAUGCAGGUAAGGAGAGUGCAGAUAAUGUUGGAACAGUUCUUCCCAAAAUGGGAGGUUCAAACCUCUCAAACUCUGGAUUGGAACCCAAAUCUGUUGAAUCUCUUGCUGGUAUGAAUGAUUCAUGUACAGAUAAAAACAGUUGUGGAUUUUGCCAGUCCUCAAAAAUCUCACAGGGUACUGGCCCAAUGUUGCAUUUUGCUAAUGGAAAGCAGGUAGUGGGAGAUGAGGCCACCUAUUCAAUUGUUAUACAUGUUCACAAAGUAUGCAUUGAUUGGGCGCCCCAAGUGUACUAUGAUGGGGAUAUUGUAAAAAAUUUGAAGUCAGAGUUGGCUAGGGGUGCAAAGCUUAAAUGCAGCGGAUGUGGGUUAAAGGGAGCAGCACUAGGUUGCUAUGUGAAAUCAUGCAGAAGAAGUUAUCAUGUUCCUUGCGCUUUGAAAAUACCAAAAUGUCGGUGGGAUCUUGAUAACUAUGUUGUACUCUGUCCAGCUCAUUCUUCGGCGAAACUGCCAAAUGAAAAGUCAUCCAACUCUGGGACUUGCAACCAAACAAGUCAUUUUGUGCCAGCUCAAAUAACCCCUCAGGAAGCUAGCUUUUGGAAAGACUCACAUACUGGAGCAAAAGACUGGGUUUUGUGCGGAUCUGCUCUUUCUUCAGCGGAGAAGCUUCUUUUGAUUAGGUUUGCCAGCAUGAUCGGUGUAACUGUGUCCAAAUUCUGGAGACCAGAUGUAUCACAUGUGAUUGCUGCAACUGAUAAAACAGGUGCAUGCACCAGGACACUGAAAGUUCUCAUGGCAAUUUGCAAUGGGAGAUGGGUUCUUAGUAUUGACUGGGUAAAAGCAUGCAUGGAACGUAUGUAUGCUAUGAAUGAAGAACCUUACGAAGUUAGCCUUGACAACUAUGGUUGCUGCAAUGGCCCCAAGACUGGCAGACUUAAUGCAGUGAAUGGUGUGCCAAAACUUUUCAAUGGCUUAAGUUUUUAUUUCUCUGGUGAAUUCGUGCCUGCUUACAAGGAAGAUAUCCAAAAAUUAGUUAUUGCCGCGGGUGGUUCUGUUUGUGAGAGUGAGGAAGAAUUGACGGUGCAAAAGCACGACAAGCAGGCAGCUUCUUCAAAACAACUGGUUGUUUACAACCUUGAUCCCCCACAAGGAAGCAAGGUUGGGGAAGAAAUAUCCUAUAUGUGGGAAAGACUGAGUGAAGCAGAGAAUUUAGCUUCUAAAAUGGGAUCUGAAGUGGUAGGUCAUACUUGGAUUUUGGAGUCAAUUGCUGCCUAUAAAUUGCAGCCAGUUUGUCAGCUUACAUAGUCUGACCAUUGCAAACACUUAAUUGUUUGUGUAGAUUUCUACAUGAUCUUAUUCCUGGAAGUGAAGAACAUCUUUCAACUUCUGCAGAGGAUGUAAUUUUGAAUGUUUUCAUAAUAACAAGAGAGUUUAAAAGAGGUCAAAAA